AUGAAAUCGGUGGUGAUCUGUACAGUGCUCUGCUUAGCAGUGAUAUGUUUAGCAGAUACGAAAUUAGGUGGAAAUGAACCUAAAAUAGCUAUAAAACCUCAGGAAAAUGUUAAUAAGGAAUCAGUUCGACCAAAACGAUCUGUGCUCUGCUUAGCAGUGAUAUGUUUAGCAGAUACGAAAUUAGGUGGAAAUGAACCUAAAAUAGCUAUAAAACCUCAGGAAAAUGUUAAUAAGGAAUCAGUUCGACCAAAACGAUCUGGAUACUAUCCCUAUGGCUAUAAUCCAUAUGCUGCUGCUUAUCCAUAUUACGGUGCUGGAUAUCCACAAACAACAGUAUUAGUUUCUUCUCCCUAUUCAUCUUAUCCGUAUAAUCCAUAUGCCGGUUAUGGCUACUCAGGGUAUAGUGGUUAUGGCUACCCAGGGUAUGGUAGUUAUGGUUACCCAGGAUUUGAAGAUAAACCGAAUUAA